UAGCUACGGUCUAGGAAUAAUCAAAUUAUCACACAAUUGCCAAAUCAACUCGAACCUCUCUUCUAUAUAUUUUCUGUGUCCGAAGAACCAGAGAGGACAAAGAUGCAGAGGGGCACAGAAAUGGUGGUUUAUGAGCUGAGCCAAGUCUAUGAGCUUGCGAGGAAGCUCAGCGAGAAUCUUGAGCCUUCCAAGAUUGAAAUCUGUAGAACAGUUGCAAGAGAGAUCAUCUGCUCUAUCGAGAAGGCUAUCUCCACGGCGAAGACAAGCGGCGCUGGUGAAGCAGAGUUGGUGUUUCCCAAUGGCAGGGGACUUCAUGAGCAGAGAUUGAGCCAGGAAUUCAGUGAUAAAGAGCAGAAGAUAUUCAAGAAGAGGAAGAUACAUGCCAACAGGACCAGCCAAGUGAGAGUAAUCACAGAAGAGGGAGCUGGAGUGCCGCCAGAUGACGGCCAUAGCUGGAGAAAAUACGGCCAGAAAGAAAUCCUUAGAGCGAAACACCCAAGAUCAUACUACCGCUGCACUUACCGCAAGACUCAGGGAUGCUCGGCCAUGAAACAAGUGCAGAAAUCAGAUGAAAACCCCUCAAUAUUAGACAUAACCUACCUGGGAACUCACACAUGUUCCAAUUCGCCGCAGCAGAAUGUACAAAAUUCUCGUUUUUAUAACCCACAACAGAGCUUACUUGAUCAACAGAAUAAUGUGGCUCUGGAUCUUGACUUCCAAACCACCAACUUUAUAGUAAAGACAGAAAGCUCAGACAUGGAGAAUCAGGACCCAACCACUUCAUCCUCCUUCUCAUCCACGUCAACAGAGGGAAUGAAUCCAGAGAAAAACUUGCUCUGCUCUUCUCCCCGUACAGAGUGCGGUUAUGAAGGAAUUCUCUCUUCAGCGCUUAUGUCACCAACUAGAUAUGGAUCAUGCGGCUUUCCAUGGCCUCCAUGUGAAAUGAACGGCCAAGCAGAUUCCAUACUAACUGAAGCAAUUUGUUCAGCAAAUUCAGUGACAGGUUCACAGGUUAUGAACAUUGAGUACUUGCUGGAAUAUGGAGAAAUGGAUCAUGAUGAGUUUUUUGACACUUCUGUCUUCUUCGUGUAAGGGGUUGGAUUGGUCUUAAGUCUAAUAGAUUAGAGAUUACCUGGCCAGCGAGAAAACUGAGAGGAUUGCAGGAAAAGUCCUUGGUAUAUAAAUUACGGGGUCUGCUUGUCAAAAUAUAUCCUCCGUCAACAGCCAGUGUAAUUUUGUGUAUGAAAUUUUCUUUUAGCGCAGGGCUCCCGCAUCCAUUAUUGUACUAAAGUAGGUGUAACUACAAGAUAUUUUAUUUUAGUGAGCCUUUCUUUUCCUUUUUUUUUCUUCAUGC